UUCACAUCACCUGUGAAAAUAAUCACAAAUUAAAUAUUGUUAGCCUUGAAUUGCUCCAAAUUUUAUAAUUGUUAUCGCAUGACAGUUUUUGAAAAUUAACCACAGAGAUUCCGUCUCUUGAUAUCUAUCGCAUAGGGAUCUUUGAUUUUGUUAGUCAUUAGUAGAUUACAUAAAUGAUAAUAUCAUAAGUUACAUAAUCUGGCCUAGCCUAGUAAUCUUUGAACUGGAGUCAGUGGAGAAUUAAGAGUUCAACCACAGAUUACAAACAUGUCGAUUUUCCGUAACACUGUGUGGUUUAUUAAAGGAAUGAGAGAAUAUACUAAAAAUGGCUUUGUAUCAGCUAGUAAGAGUUUUAAUGAGAAAGAUUUAGAGGUAGAUGUUACAGGUCGAAGUUUCAUGAUAACAGGUGCUAAUAGUGGAAUCGGAAAAUGUGCUGCCAUAGAAAUUGCUAAGAGAGGGGGAACUAUUCAUAUGGUAUGUAGAGAUCAGAAACGUGGAGAAGAAGCAUUAAAUGAAAUCAAGUCAACCUCAGGAAAUUCUAAUAUCAAAUUGCAUCAGUUAGAUAUGUCUUUACCAUCUGAAGUUUUAAAAUUUACGAAAAAUUUUGAAAAAAGUGGUGAAAAAUUGAAUGUUUUGAUAAAUAAUGCAGGCUGUAUGAUUAAUGAACAACAGUUAACAGAGGAAGGCUAUGAUAAAAAUUUUGCUACCAAUACAUUGGGUACUCAUAUAUUAACAGUUGGUUUAACUCCUGUAUUAUUAAACAGUGAGGACCCUAGAGUUAUUAUUGUGACCUCUGGUGGAAUGCUUGUCCAAAAAUUAAAUAUCCAGGAUUUACAAUGUUUUAAAUUAAAACCAUAUGAUGGUACUAUGGUGUAUGCUCAAAAUAAACGUCAACAAGUUGUUAUGGCUGAACAAUAUAAAAAUAGAUAUCCAACAAUUCAUUUCUCUUGUAUGCAUCCAGGCUGGGCAGACACACCAGCUGUAAGAUCAGCAAUGCCUGAUUUCUAUGAGAAAAUGAAAGAUAGGUUAAGAACAGCUGAACAAGGAGCAGAUACUUUAAUAUGGUUAGCAGUGAGAUCAAAUAUACAUCAAUUACCUAGUGGUGAAUUCUUUCAAGAUCGACAAGUAGUAAAUAAACAUCUACCAUUAGCCUGGACUAAAACAUCUGAUACAGAUAACCUAGAGUUAAUGUCUGUUUUAGAUAAAAUGAUGCAAGCUUUACCCAAGGAUUAAGAACUGUACUGAUGGACAAAUAUAUCACAUAAAUCAUAAAUUUAAUAUGUCUCAAACCUUUUGAUAUUAUUGUAAAACAAAUGAAAUGAAUAUACUGUACUUAACCUUGUUUUCUUCUGCACAUGGGGCUAAUGAGGACUUGCUAUACCAUGCAGUGUUAAAUGGGGGAAAUAUUGCUAGGACAGUAACAUCUAUGAAACAUAUUCAUAUCCAUGUGUUGAAGAAUGGUGACACGAUAGAUAAGAUGAGAAAGUGUGUUUAUAAUUUUUGUUGUGUGUCGAAGAUUUGAUACUGGUAUUGUUAAACCUGGGUUUAUAUUAUUGGAAAGAACUUCUUGUGUCAACAAUAAACAACUGCAAAAGACAAUCACAAAAUUAAAGUGAAGUUUGGAUGGACCUCCACUCUAAAUGAAAUCCUGAAU